AUGGCAUCCUCAGACCUGGAAGAUUUGUGCUUUCACAUCAACACCAAGAUUUCAACGAUUAAAAAGACUCUUCAGUUAAGGAACAUAGGUCAAGAACCAUCCCUCAAGUCUGUGCUGUGUAAAAUAGGGCAGGAGAUGGUUGUCCUGCAUGACCUCCUGAAUAAAAUGGAAACUGAGGUUCAACAGCAGAAAAAACUGAAUGCUUUGCUAAAAGAGCUCCAGAAAUCUGCUGAGAGAGAGCAGGGUGAGGCUCAGCACCUCCGUGAGAACAUCCCUCCCCAUCUGCCCAAACCAACUCAGAGCAGCAUCACUGGGCUAACUGGGAAAUGUGAAGAACAAGGAAAAGCCGCGGAACCUGAACGUGCAAAGAAACCUAUAAAAGAGCAAAGACCUAUUAAAGAAGCAGCCUUAAUAACUGCAGAAGAAUUUGAAAGUGUUCCUGCGUACAUGAAGGGUCGUUUAACCUAUGAUCAGAUUAAUGCAGUUGUGCAAGAGAUGAACAAGGCUGUGGUGGGCAAGUACAAGAUCCUGCAUCAACCUUUGAAGUCUAUGAGUGCACCAGUCAGAAAUCUCUACCACAGGUUUAUAGAAGAAGAAACCAAGGACACAAAAGGUGAGUUCUUCAUCGUGGAGGCAGAUAUCAAGGAGUUCACCCAGCUGAAAGCCGACAAGCGCUUCCACAGCAUCCUCAACAUCCUGCGCCACUGCCAGCGGGUCAGGGAAGUCCGGGGCUCCCGCCUCGUCCGCUACGUCAUCUGCUGA